AUGCAACCAUUCACGAUUGAAUCGAAGAUCGGGACCAAUAGCAUCUAUGGUAUUAUCGAAAGAGACAAAGACGGCCAGGACCAAGAACAGUCUCUUUCCUGUGCUAUCAAGAACGAAAAGAAGGACGGGAAGGAGCAGGAAUUGCGGGAUGCUAUAGAGAUAGAUGGCUAUGAGACUAGUCCAAAGAGUCAUCACUUUCUAAAGCUUCCUCUCCUCCUUUAG